AAAAAAGAAAGACCGGAGAGAAAAAAAAAAGAUGCAAUAAAGAUAUUACGACGAGAAAUUUUCCACCAGCAGCACUGUGUACAUUUUCAAAACAGAUGUAAUAUUUUAGAGCCAAAAUAUUCAUGCACCGCCCACGUUCCAGUUUCCCUCAAGUUAGCACGCAGCGGCUGUGAUGCCAGAUCUUACUAGAAAAAUAAGCGUCUUGCCGUACUAAAAUAAGUAUUGAAAUUAAAAUCGAAUUAACAAUAAAAUCUGAUUUAAUGGUUUCUUGCGAAAUAAAUAAACAUGAAAUAUGGAGUUUAAUUGAGAUCAUUAUAAUGUCUUGAAGAGGACGCGAAGAGGCAACUCAGAAUAUCACACUGAAAUAUUCUAUAGUUUUCACAGAUUUACAACUAUUGGUAAUCUAAAACAUGAAUCAGUGAAUCGUGAAUACAUCUACAUUUAUUGGAAUUAAUCAUUGGCGUAGUGGAGGUAGUUGGGAAACUGCUAUUAUUAGUGACUGACUGACCAACCUCUUAACAACAACCCGAAAACGCUUAUAAUUUGCGGACAUGGCAACACUACUGGUCACCACGUUUAUGCGUAAGAGCGCUUCUGGCCAAUGAAGUGUAUUCUAUCAAAAGAAGGCGGGUCUACACUGUUUGAUUGACAUAUCACAUUAUUUUACCUUUAAAAAAGUGUGAGAGCUCUGAAGAAUUAAACAAAUGCAUGCUGAACUACAGUCUCUGACAUCCCUUGAUUACUGAAUUUAAGAAACACUAUUUUAAUUUAUCAUAUAAAUAUAUAUUUUUGCUCCAUCAGCACAACAGGAAAACGUGUUUAAGAAGAAAUUGAAAGUGAAAGGUUGGCUUUCAAAGUGUAAGCAAAAAAAGAAAGUUUAGACGCGGAGUUUCAUGUCAUUUCUUGUUCACUUGCGAGGAGUAUUUUAAGGAAAUACCAAGAAAAAGGAUGGCAUCCAUCCCAUUCUAUGGCUGGGAAGCAUUCUAUGAUGAAGAUCGUCAUCUUCAGGCAGACCAGGCACCCAAAUCAGGCAGACUCUAUACCAUGUAUCACGGCACCUCUUUGCAAAAAGCUCGUCUGAUCAUAACAAAAGGCUUCCAACAAUCAGCAGAUGGGAUGCUGGGACCUGGAGUUUAUGUGAGCCGUGACCAGAAGAAAGCAGAGCGCUAUCCUCUGAAAUCCCUAGCUACUGACAGAGUUGUGCUUAAAUUAAGCAUUGACUGUGGAAAAGUCAAAAGAAUUGAUAAGGACAACCAUCCUCUACAGAAGGCGUGGCAUAGUCAGGGCUAUGACACUGCCUGGGUACCGCCUAACUGUGGCAUGAAAGCUGUGCCUAGUGGUCUAGAGGAGGACUGCGUCUAUGACCCAAAGCGCAUCGAGGUCUCAGAUAUUGCUCUUGCACCCAACACGACCAUCUUGAAUGAACUCAAACAGCUCAUUGCUCAAAACAAGAAAGGGCCAUCAAAUUCAAACACCUCAGGUACUUGUACAGUGUGCAAGUUGAAACUAGGGCCUGCUCAUAUUGUACAGCCAUGCUGGGGGUGUGGAGAGACUAUCUGCGCUCUCCUGACCAAACACAAGUGCAGUCAGUAGGGUUAAGGAACUUCUCAGGAAAUCAGGACAGAUGCAUCAUUCAGGACGCUCUUUAGGUUGUUGGACUGGUUUGUUGACACGUGUUAAUGCAUGAUGUUUGAGGUUGAAAUGAAAGCUACUUUAUCUGUGUAUAUAUAAGAUUGCUUACUUUCCUCAUAGUUCUCAGUCACACAAUUAUCUUUGACAAUUAUGCUCUGACAAAUUAUUUUUCCUGCUGAUAUGUGCCACCAUAUUUGAUGUUAUGUUUAAAAUUGAAAUGUCUAUGAUUGCAUGACUGUUUUCAAAGAUAUUUUUUCGAUCAAUCACGUAUAUUUUAAAUGUUUUAAACAUUCAGUAUUGCAGACAAUAAAAAGAGCCUGUCACCUUUACUCAAUUCAGUACUCAGUCUAUAUGAAUAGAAAUACUCCUGAUCUUAUUUCAUACGCAAAAGUAAUGAGGAUUACAUUUGCUAAAAAUAAAAAUCUAGGACCUGUAGGAAUGUUUGCUAUGGCUAGUUGCUUUUUAUAGGCAUACGGGUAUAUUUCAUAAUAGCAUAAUGUUAGCCAGUGAUUAUUAAUUAUUAAGAUUUAGUCCGGUUCACACCAAGAACAAAAUAGAUUUGAUUUCAUAAUAUAUUCCAGCAUUCAGCUUGGGAGAUGGAGUGACCAGAUUCUUGUCACCAAACUGUUUGACUGCGCAAAUAACAUUUUAUAUUA